CUUUGUCGUCGGUCGGUGCCGUGGCCCCAUUGAGAGCCAUUGGCGAUGGCGUCGCCGCCUGCAGCAGCAUUGCGAAUUCCAUAUCUCGUCACGACAGCUAGUUCAGAAGAUGACAUGAGUCCCGCGCUCCAGCUCCAAGUUCGCGACACAGCGUCUUCUCAGGGGUGGCAGUCGGCAAAGCUCUGCGAAUACCCCCAAGUCCUUGUCCUGAUGGUGAACCACGGCACUCCCAUGCGCAUUGCGACAAUGCAAGUCUUGGUGCAUCACACAAAGAUCCCAACUCGCAUCGACGUCUCGAUUGCCGAGACGGCGCCGUCCAAGCUGCGGAAACUCGGCUACGUUUUGUGUGAUGCGAACGACGCGUCCAACUUCAACGCUCGGGAGCUCAAGUCGAUCACAAUCAAUUGCGACGUCGCGUAUCUUCAGCUAACGCUCCAACAGUGCCACCGCAAUCGUUUCAACGUGUACGAUCAGGUGGGGCUUGUCGACGUCGCUCUCUUUGGCCCUUCCACACACCCCAGCCCUCCCAAGCCGCAGCUGAACCCAGUGCAUCCACCCAACAACCAAGCCCCCAAGAGCCCUCGGAGCGCCAUCGAUCCCGCUGCCUUGGAGCUCUAUUUCAUUCCCCAUCCAUCGCACUUGGGGACCCGCCUGAGUUUGCGGCAGGUCGUGGAAGCGCUGCGCAUUCAACGAGCCGCAAGGUCGGACGCCGAAGACUACGCAGGUGCAAGUGCCAUCAAAGAUAUGGAACGAACAGUGUGCCAGUGCCUGGUCCAGCUCGAGCGGCUGCAUCUGCAAAAGAACGACGUCGUUCGAGCCGAAAACUACGACGCAGCGACGUUGGUCAAUACGGAAAUCGAUCAAGUGCUUGGCCGCGUGACUGCAAUUGCCGCCGAGUCGACCUUGGUCGGGCCACAACAAGGCAAACCAACGACUUGCACCAGCGGUAGCCCCAAGAAACGUAGGGAUGAAUCGAACCCGCCCACGUCGGUUCAAGCCACCUUGGUCUCUCGACAGCGUGCCACGGACGCUCAACUCGCGACGCCGCCCACUGAGCCAGAGCCCUUGGAGUCAGCGCUAGGGAUGGCAUGUGCAGAUAUUCUUGACCUGCUUGCACCCCUGGACGACCGCGCGCUUCGGUGCGCAUACAGCCAACACCGAAGUCUGCGCGAGCCCGCAGUGGCGGCAGUCGUUGGCGCGCUGCAAGAUCAACUCUCCAAAAUCAGUGGGGCGCGCACUCCCCCUGGUGUUACUGCUGCGAUAGUGCUGAAGCCGUGGCUUACGGCGGGGAUUUUGCAGCAACCGUAUCAUGCGUUUUCCAGUGGAAGCACCUUUGCUGUCGCUGCGAUUUCAACGCUGCACGCUUCGCUCUCGACAUCCACCCAUCCUCCUUCCCCCGAGGCUGUGCACCGCGAGCUGCUUCAGCCGCUCUUAUCCAUUUUGAUCCAGCGGCUCGGGGACUCGUCGGCACGAGUGCGCAACAAGGCAGGCGUGUCGAUGCUUGAGAUUGCAACGAGCAUGGGAGUUCACCCUGUUCUCUCCAGCCUGCUCACGUCCUUUCAAAUUAACGGCACAGCGGCCGUCCACUGGCGGCAACUCUCGAGCCUCGUGAGGACGACAACAGCUCUGCUUGAAAUGUCCGAGUGCUCGGUCGAGCCCUCAGAGAUUCAAAUCGUCGACUUUAUUCACGCCCAACGAGGAUUUGGCCAUGCCAUGGCACAGGUGACAGAAGCCGCCACGCAGUUCGCAAUCGCUCUCUACCACAAUCUUGGAGAGGUCAAGGCGGACGAGUGCCUGGCGUGUUUGGAAGCGGCCCAGCGUGCCUCGUACAAGCAAAUCGUAGCCGACGACGAGUGGCAUCAGCCGCCAUCGUGACGUAUAAUCGACUUGAUUGGGAAUGGUCAAGUAUGGUCGAUGUUAGGCCUUGCUAGGAUAUGGAGCACCCCGCCUUCUUGUCAUCCGCAUGGGGAGCUUUCUUGGCCACUUCGGCUACGACUUGCAGAGUUUCGAUGCUGUGUCUUGCUGUGCGAGGUGUCGUUUCCCCUGCCACCGUUGGCGCAGCCACCCCAGGAGCAGUGGAAGAUGGCGAUGGCACGGCUGUCGCAGGGGAUACUUGGUUCUUCCUCGUUGGAUUUGGCACUUUGGCUGGAGACGUUGCCUUCGCCACCACGGUUUCUGCGGCAGGCGAUACAUUUGCGCCAUCUAGUGCCCAAGGCGCAGCUGGUACGGCUAGCGGUGCGUCCGCCUUGGGGAUGGAGUGUGCCGAAACGAUUGGCAUGAGUGGGGGGUUCAUAUGGGCUAGCCCUGCUGGCAUGGAAGUGGGUGUCCGAGGCGGCGAGGACAGUGUUGAUGUGGGUGGACUUUCGAGUUUUGUGUCGACAGCGCGAGCUGUGUGUAGAGAUGACUCGUCGUUGGGUCCUGGGAUACCCCUCGGU